AUGGACGUCUCAGGAUAUGCCCAUCUACUCCCCCGCCUCGACCCAAACGCCAACUGCACCCUCUCCACCUGCCCCGUCGAAGCCUCCGUCUACGGCUACCGCCCGCACCUCAGUGCCACCCUCGUCUUCCUCAUCCUCUUCGCCCUCUCCACCCUCGCCUCCCUCUACCAAGGCGCUCGCCUCCGCCACACCUGGUUCUUUACCGCCGCCAUGCUCCUCGGCUCCCUCAGCGAAACAAUCGGCUACAUCGCCAAAAUCCUCCUCUACCUCGACCCCUUCUCCGACACCGGCUUCAAAAUGAGCGUCGUCAUGCUCACCUUUGCGCCAGCCUUCUACGCGGCGGGGAUCUAUUACUGCCUGAAGCAUAUUUGCCUCACGUUCGGCUCGAGCUUCAGUCGUCUGCAGCCGAGAUUCUACACUUGGAUCUUCAUCUCCUGCGACUGCUUCUCCAUUAUGCUGCAAGCCGUCGGUGGCGGGAUCGCGUCAGCAGGCGCGGACGUGGCGAUGGUGGAUAUCGGGACGGAUGUCAUGAUUGCUGGGCUGUCGACGCAGGUGGUUACGAUGUUCUGCUUUGGGGUCCUCGCCGCCGACUACGGGCUUGCUGCGUACCGGAACCGGGACAACUUGAAUCCUGCGACUGCAUCUUUCCGGAAGACGAGACAGUUUCAGUUGUUUGUGUUGGCGCUGUGGGUAGCGUAUUUCGGGAUUUUGAUCCGGUGCUGUUAUCGGGUGGCGGAGCUGGUGGGGGGUUGGAGGGAGAAUCCGAUUCUGAGGGAUGAGGGGUUGUUCAUUGCGCUGGACAGUGUUCCGUGUGCCCUUGCAGCGCUCGUGUUGAAUAUCUGGCAUCCUGGCUUCUGCUUCCCGAGGGAGACGCAGAAGGGUGUUGCGCUGUCGGAGAGCGAGACGAGCAGCACUGAGGAGGCGAGGAUAGGGGAGAAGGUGUAG